GACCCGCCGUCUGCGACAGGUCUUCGGUGAACCGGCCGCCGUCGGGCCCGCCCGGCGAGAAGGUGCACUUCGUCCGGUUCGAGAUCAGCUCCGAGGAGGAGAGCGGGGAGGAGAGUGAGAAGGAGGAGGAGGAGAGUGAGGAGGAGCCCCCUCCGCCCCCGCCGCCGCCGGCCGCCCCCCGCCCAACCCCCGGCCGUCCAGCCAUGCCCGUCGAGGCCGAUCCGGUGCCCUGGCGCAAGCCCAAGCUGAAAAAGGUGGAGCGCAAGGGGUCGGUGACGCAGGCGCCGCCGUCCGAGCCGCCGGCGCGGCCGCCCUGGGCCGAUGACGCCAAGCGCCGGCUGGGCGAUGUGCCGGUGACGCCCCAGAAGCCGGCGGCCAACAGCAGCGCCAAGCCGCAGUGGGCUUCGAAGCCGGUCGACGUCGACAAGCUGGAGGAACUGGAGCGGAAGCACCAGGAGAGGAUACCGGCCACACCCGCCCAGCCCGAGUGGACCGUGAAAAAGAUGGACGCCACCAAAUUGGGCCGCCUCGAGCGGCAGAACCGGCUGGACAAGAUGGCGAGCUUCGACAAAUCGGCACCCGACUGGGCAGAUAAACGAAAAUCACUCGACUUCAGCAAGCUGCAGGAACUGGAAGCGAAGGCGAAGGCCGAGCAGGCUGCGGAACAGAAGCCGGCGCCAUGGACAGAAACGGUCCAGCUGGUGCCGCCCCCGCCCCCGCCCCCGCCCCCGCCCCCGCCGCCGCCACCGGCAGGGGCUCCGCCGCCCCCGCCGCCUCUACCAGGCAAGCAGCCGAUGACUGCCGCUCAGAAGGAGCGCCUGGAGAAGCUGAAGAAGACGCCACGCCGCCGACCCGACUGGAGCACCAUGAUGAAGGAAAUUAGCCAGCCGAAAUCCCUGAAGAAAGUCCAGUGUAACGAUCGCAGCGCUCCAAUCGUCAAAAACCUCAAACGGAAAGAUAACGAGUUCGUAUUUGAAUCAGAAAAGGAAGCAUCAGCAACGGCAAAGCUGCUUAGUGAGAUUAGACAGGGCGUCAAAUUGAAAAAGGUGAAGACCAAGGAUCGGAGCAAGCCAAUGCUAGAAGGACUGCGGAAGCUGCGCCGACAGAAGACGUCCGAGGCGUUCCUGAACCUGCCGCCCGAGGAGCUGAUUGACUCGGAGCCCGAGGAACUGGACGAUAUCGAUAAGGUGCGAGACGACCUCCAGUCGACCCGGCAGCUGCUCGGCGAGGAGGUCAAGAACCGCGAGCGGCUCGUCAAGGAGAACAAGCACAUGAAGAACGAGCUGAAGCGGAUGCAGGACGAGCUGGACAAGCUGCGCGGCACGGCACAGCCGGACGCCGCUGCCGCGGAGACGGUGCCACCGCCGCAGACAGCCCAGGACGUGGCGGCUGACGCGGCGGGGGCGGGGGCGGGGGCGGGGGCGGCUGAGGUGAGCGCCGUCCGGGAGGAGUUGGAGGCGGCUCGGCUGGCGGAGGCUCUGUGGGCGGAACGGGCGCGCACCGCCGAGCAGGAGCUGGCCGCCCUGAGAGCCCGUCUGCAGGACGAGGGUCUGCUCAACGGGCCGCCGGAGCCGGAGGAGACCAAACCAGCCGAGUGGGAGAACGAGCAGGUGGUGGUCAAGAGCAAGACCAAGGACAAACUCUCCAAGACCGCCUCCAAGGCCAAGGUCAACAAGAGCGGAGGCGAUGGCAAAGAGGCAGAGGAAGCAAAAGAAGGGAAGGAUGGCAAGGAAAGCAAAGAGGGCAAAGAGGAGAAGGACGAUAAGAAACCGAAGCUGCAGAAGGAGAUGAGCAAGCCGUCUGAGGAUAUUGAGGAAUCGUCUGAGGAGGAGCUGUCCUCGGACGACGAGCCGGACAGCGAGGAGGAGAGACGUCGCGAGCUCGACCAGGACAGAAAAAAGAAAAUGAGGGACCUGAAAAUGUGCAAGAGCAAGGUGUGGCACAUCAACACUAAGGAGAAGCACGCCAAAGAUGAGAGGAUACAGCUGAAGAACCGCAUCAAGUCUCUGAACCAGAGCCUGAAGGACGAGAACCGCAAGUACAAGGAGCUGCAGCGCGAGGUCCGUAAGCUGGGCGCCAUGAUGAAGGGCAGCGACGAGGAGAACUCGGAGGACGAGGAGGAGGACGAGGAGCCGAGCGAGGAGGAGGAGGAGAGCGAGGAGUCCUCCAGCGAGGAGUCCGACACCGAGUCAGAUGAGGAGUCCUCGGACGACUCGGAGACGGACGACGAGUCUCUACCACUGGAGGAGCGUGUGCAAAAGAUGCAGGAGCGAUCCAAGCGCCAUGAAAAUAACGAAAAGGCCAUCAAGAAGGGCAACUACAUGCUGAAAACGACUGCUGAGCGGCUGUUCGACAAGCUCAGAAAUGAAAAGGAGAAAUAUAGAGCGUUGGAGAGAGAACUCAACGAGCUUGUCAACGAACUCGGAUAGCGUGAGAGGCGGCCUCUGCUCGCAUGUGAUGAAUGGUGUUUGUCACGAUAGAUAUUGGUUGUUGGAAACCACUGAUAGAUAGGUUUGCUUUAGACCAACACGCAGGCACCUUAACUUGGAACAGAGCGGUCUUACGUGAUUGCAUAUAUUUGUACAUGCAAUGCUUGCAAUUUAAUUUGCAUAGUCCGUUGACGAUAUUGGGGAAAGGUUACGUCGAUGCUUUUGCAUAACCGAGCUUUUUUGACGCCUUCGAUGCUUUUAUGCUGAGGGUGCCUGAGCUAUCGAUGAAUUGUGUGGAGUUCCAGCCAUGACCUCAAUGUCAGCUGCGAACGAAUAAGUAUUUCGCCGCUGAUCCUAGAGAUGAGUGUCGCAAAAGAAGUAUUACAUUGCACGAAAGAGGUAAGAGUCAAGAGAAGUGCCUAACAUUCGUAUGUUUGCUAUGCUAUAUAGCGCUAAGCAGCUAAAAUUCACAUGCUUUAUUGCGACCAGAGUUGAUGAUUUGGGAGAAGGAGCCGUUGUGGUGACAUUUUAUAUUCAUCACUAUGAAAGUGUACAAGCGUUUGCUAUGUUCUUUGUUGCAUAAUACACGUUUUACUCGAUA